UUUUGGUUUUUUUUAUUAUUUUGGUUAGUAGUGCGAUAGAGUCAAGUACGAAAUAUAAUAAUUUUUGUAUCUUUACUAUAUUUUAUUAUUCCAAGUUGUGUGCUCCUCUUUCCUUAUAUCGGCUCCCCUCCGUCUACAUCAUCAUCGUAUUGUCGUCAUUCCUCAUCAAACAAACUUAUAAUAAAUUCAUCAACUUUACUUCGUCAGUUUAAAUAAGAAUUACCAAACAAAAAAAAAAAAAAAAAAAAAAAGAUGACAAACAACAACCUUUCCCAAUUAUUGUCAACCAAUAAUUCCAUCAUCAUUUCUACUGGCAACAUUCUAAAUAUUGACAAAAAACCAGGUCGCAAAUCUACCGAAGAACUUACCGAUGGACUCAAACUAACAUUUAAAGAUUCCAAUGCCACCAUUAAUCAAAAUAAUGGUGAAUUACAUCGAAAUAUUAAAGAAUUACAAAGUAAAAUAUCCGAAGAGGAACGUUCCAAUAUUAGCAUUGGCGCUAAAAUAUUCCUUAAUAAAAAAUCCACCGAAUUAUUGAAUAAAGCAAUGACAUCACUUUUGAGUAUCUUACAAGUCCAAUGUGUGGACAAUGUGGUUUUGGCUUAUCAUCCAAAACCUGCCAAAAUACUCAAUGAAAAUGAUCAGUCUUAUGGUAUUCUUAAAUGGGGUAGUAAGAAUGAAGAAUCUACUGAAGAGCUAAAAACAUUGUGGGGUCAAUUGGAACAGUUUUCUUUAGAUAAGAAAAUUUGUCAAUUAGGAGUGUCCGAUUUGGACACUGACACUUUGACUGAACUUUAUAAAAACUCUAAAGUUCAUCCAGCGAUUGCACAGAUUAAUCUGUCGUCGUGUUGCGUUGUUCCACCUCCGCUGCAGGAAUUUUGUACAAAGAAUGACAUUCAAUUGUUGACCCAUAGCGAUCCAGAGAUUAUUCUCAAUGACGACACUUGGAGUGAUUUAAAUCUGGGUGAACAACUGUCUUUGGAUUGGGUUGUUCGCUAUCAAGUUCAUUUACGCUGUCGAGGUGUACUCACGGCCAAGGGUUACAUUGUUGGUGCCUCAAAAUAAAGUCGAAGUUGUCAUAGCGCGACAGCAACAGAUGUGCAAAGGUAUUGCAUAAUGAGGCGAGAGCAAAAGAAGCCAGAUCGUUCGUCGUCGUUUUUAUCUAUUUUUACACACAUUGCAUUUCUUUUUUUUUAUAAAUGCAAACAAAAAAUAAUUUAUGGUUCCAGGAAAAAAUUUAUAAACUACGUUAUUCCAUAGUUUUUUUUCGUUUUUUACAUAAUAAAUAGAUUUUUUUUAUUUUUUAUUAUUCUUUAUUUUGUAUUAAAAAUAAAACACAAAAAAAAAAAAAACACUUGAAAUGUACAUAAAUUAUUUUAUUGAAAAGAAGGGAGAAGAUAAAAUAAAAAUGAGUUCUAAAUAUGUUUACAUUUGCUAUCAA